AUGCCAAACGGCUCUUUCAGCGCUCAAAGCGACUUUAGGCUUUCCGUGGAGCCCAUUUUCGAACCACCUGCGUCAGAUUAUCAGGAUGGGGAAGCCAUCAGCUUCGUGUUCUUGAUCAGCCUGUGUGUAACUUUCGCAGUUUUAAUGGUAAUGCUGAUCGUGGUGGCCCUCUACGUGACGUUCUGCACCGCUGAUGAGUCCGAAUAUGACGAAGAAGUGGCGUCUGCGAUGCCCAAUCUGUUCCGCAAGAAACGAAAUGGUGUUCUCCUAGACGGUUCUUUCCUCACACCGGGCCAAUUUGACGACACCCAAGCGCUACUAGAACAAGAGGCCGUGGAACUGCCCCGGAUGUCGAGAUUCGAGGUCGAGCUGUAUCGUCGAUCUCAGGAGUUUCAAAAAAUGUGUCCCCCGAUUAUCAAAGACUUUGGCACUUACACCGAUCUAGCUGACAAACAGUUUAUCAAAGAUAGAGGCAUUCAGAGCUACUAUCUACUCCCGUCCAUAAAUGACAACGUGGACCAGUACGGGAAUUUUCUCCCCAGCUUUAUUGUCCAAGACAAACUGGACAUCUUGUUCACCAAAUUCAACAAGAGCGCAUCCACCAUCAUGAACUUCCCUUUGCCACAGAACAAGAAAGAAGCAGUUUAUUUUGAAGUCAAAGUCUUCAAGUUCCCACGCACACCCAACUCAAUUUUCAGCUGUGGCCUCACAACUUGCCCAUACCCUUACUUCCGCAUGCCUGGGAUGGCACAGUUUUCCAUAGCAUAUGAGUCUACGGGGAAGCUGCGAAUGAACAAUCCCUUCUACGCCAACACUCUGUUGCCCAAAUUACAGGAAGGGGAUGUUGUUGGCUUCGGAUACCGCUAUAGAAGCGGCGCCAUUUUCAUUACGCACAAUGGCAAGAAACUAAUGGACUUGACUCACAACGUUGGGAUUGAUCUAUUUGUGGGCAUUGGUGCCAUGAACGCAGCGUACACCAGAACUUAUAGCCGGGAGGGAUUGCUUGAAGACUGCGACAAUGUGUCGUUGCGCGAAAGAAUUCUUGCAAGCGAUAUGGAUUUGAAGGCUCCUCGUAUCAUCAGCGAACACUUGGAAACUAUUCACGAUCCCGUGGAAUUCGAUCUUGCAUCGGAUGAGAUUGAGCUGCACGUCAACUUGGGCCAGCGCGGGUUCGUGUACGUGGAGGCCAAUGUGAAAAAAUACGCUUUUGGAAGUGUUUUUGGAGACAUAGGCGUUCCUCCGGCUUACAAUGGUGCAGAACUAAAGAGAGAUGUUGUUUUGCAAACGGGUGAAGAGCUGCCGCCAAAGUAUCCCAUCGAAGAGCUGGUGCCCAUAACUAGUAGCUUAAUUACGGUACAGGAAGGCGAGCCGAGCUCGAUCGACCCGUCACGAUAUGAGCAGGACUCGUCUAGCUUCGACCGGAUUCAUAAUGGGGAGCUGACGGCGGAGCGCAAGCCCAAGAGUUCGAAGAAACGGGGCCGCAAGAAGCGCGCAAAACGGGGUUCUAAACGUGCUUAUAGGUAA